ACAAAAAUCAUAUAUAUAUAUAUCCAAUAUUAUUUUCUUAUCAUAUUAAAAUUCCAAACAUUGGAAACACAUAUCGUAUAUAGUUUGGGGGCAAGUAACCCUAGGAAUAAGAGAUUCCUUAACAUGGAAAUGGAAUGGCUUCUUCAUAGAUUAGCUCCAGGGAAAGAAGAUACGAAACCCUUGGCUCUCUACUACAUCCAAGAAUCAAUCUCCACCGUCCUUCUCUCCCAAUUCAAUCCUGGCCAUUCAAGAACCCAACUUCCUCCAACCGCCAAUGCAACGCCCGAUCUUCAGCCCCCGCCACCGCCGGACGCACCCUUUGAUCUGGUGCGCCGCCAUCUUCUGCUCCAUCGCCGCCGUCGCCACCAUCAUCGCCGCCGUGAUCGUCUUCAUCUCCUACCUCGUCACAAAGCCCAAAGUCCCCAGAAUUGGCGUCGCCGCCGCCCAGCUCCACGCCGUCUACUUCGACCAGAGCAACCUCCUGACGGUGCAGGUCGCCGCCGCCGUCCGAGCCGAGAACCGCAACGCCAAGACCCGCGCCGGCUUCUCCGAAACCAACUUCGGGCUAAGCUUCGGCGGCCGGAGGAUCGCGACUCUGCUGGCGGCGCCGUUCGCCGUGGAGCCGAACAGCUUGGUGGAAUUCAACUACGUGGCGGAGUCGAGCCCCAUCCCGCUGAGCCCCGACGAAGCCGAAGAAGUGAGCCGAUCGCUGGGAGCCAGGGGCGGAGCCAUGGCGUUCGAGCUGAAAGGGAAGACAAAGGCGCGCUGGAGAGUGUGGGUUGUCGGCUCGGCUAGCUUCUGGCUGCACUUGGAUUGUCGGCUAGAGCUGCCCGUCAAUGGAACAAGGGCACUGAAUUACUGGUGAAAAGUAUGGAAAACAUGCUUUUUAUGUCGGGGAAGCUGCGAUGAAUGCAUACGUGAACCAAUUCCACGAAACUGGAACAAAAAAGGUAGACAACAUAGUAUCCCAUUUUGUUAAUAUUCACAUAAGAUAAACUAAUUUGGGGCAUAUGCUUCCUGAUCUAAUUUGUUGGGUGUGAUAAUGCAUAAUACAUACAUCUUAUCCAAAAUUAGAAUUGGAAAUUGAACUGGGGGUAGCAACUGAAUAUCAAAGCUAAGAUAUGUUAUACACUUUGAAUUUGAUUAUUUCUCUAUGGCUUAUGUUCCUGAGCUUUUGGCAUCAUUCUUUACUUUUUAUAUGGAUUUCUUCAUCCUAAUUGAUUAAAUUUU